CUUCGUUGGUUAAAUUUUUGCCAAUAGCUCAUUUGAAUUAUUUUAUUACAAACCAUGUGAUCAUCAAGAUCAGAGUUUGUGAAAUGAUAGAUAAAAAACAGAACAGUCAAGAGAAACAUUUCACAAAAUUCAACCAUCUGAUAGGAAGUUGGUACCAUCUUUUUGGUCAUGGAAAUGGAAAUGCGCACUGGCAAUGACUGUCGCAGAAUGAGAAGGAAACCUCAUGAAUCAGAAGGAAGUGGAACCUCCAUUUCUGUCUAAAGCCACAUCCCGUGUUCAUAGUCCGAGAACAGAACGGAAGAGUGCUCAAAGGAGAACUGCUAAUGUCGAUGACCACCGGUCGGGUAAGUACGUCUCCGAUCUUCCUUUGUUUAAAGUAUAACGUUUUGGUGUGUAUCUCCCCGAGUGUGCUCAUGUAAUGUUCUUAGAGUCAAUAGUGGCACCUUACCAAUACAGUAUACUGAUGUAUUCUCUGAUCCUUGUACGCGGUGCUCAGUAAACUUUGGUGAUUGUCAGUUUUCACAAAGUGCUACUCUUCGGAGAGCGCUGCGGGACUCGGGGUCGCCCAGUUCUAGACUGGGUGCCCCCAGCCAGUUCUGCCGGCCAUUUGAGUCGUGUCAAUAAAUGUUGUGGUUCAUUUUAUACUAGUCUCUGACUGAAUAGCUUGGUUGUUAGCUUUGCUCAAUUGCUUGUCCCAUUUUAUUUACUUUUUUCGCCCAUUCCUCCAUCAACCAGAGUUGAAGAACCCAACAUGGACGACCUCAUGACGUCAAACAUCCUCACCACAACAGCCAUGAUGGCCUAUCCUUCCCUAAACUCCAGUGGCCAAGACAGCCAGGUGUCGGUGGGCCCGUCCCCCGAGCCCGGUCCCUGCUCCUUGGACACCAGCUCCCUGCGGAUCCCCCUGACCCUCUUCUACGCCCUCUUCGUCGUGCUCGGCCUGGCCGGGAACCUGCUGGCCCUGUGGGUGUUCCUGCGCGACCGCUCCAAGCAGGGCUCCGUGCGUGUGCUCCUGGUCAACGUGGCGCUGUCAGACCUGCUGCUGGUGCCCUGCAUGGCCCUCAGGGUGUGGUACCACGGGGUGCGCGGGGAGCGCUGGGAGCUGGGCGCCACCAUGUGUCACGUGGUGGGAAACUUCUUCUACAUGAACAUGUACAUCAGCAUCGUGCUGCUGGGGCUGAUCAGCGUCGACCGCUACGUGAAGAUCAGCCGAGGCGGGGUGCCGCUGCAGCGGCCCCGCGGUCUGGCGAUGAGGUGCAGCUGGAGAACUGCCGCCUGUGCCCUCAUCUGGGCCCUGGCGCUGGCCGGUACCCUGCUGAUGAUCCUGCUCUCCGAGAAGACUACGAAAGAGCUCAACAGAUGCUUCCAGUAUAUGGUAUUCCAGCACUGCAAGUGGAGGGGCUACGUCAACCUCUUGCUGGUGGUCAUCUUCUGGAUCAGCUACGGCUGCAUGGUGGUGUGCUACGUCAAGAUCGCCUUCAAGCUGCUGAGGACGUCCAAGGAGAAGCCCGACCUGCCCAACGCGGCCCGCUAUGCCCGGACGGCCAAAAAGUCCUUCUUCAUCCUCGUCCUCUUCACCGUGUGCUUCGUGCCCUACCACAUAGUGCGCGUCUUCUACAUCGUCAGCCAGAUCACCGACACAUCCUGCUACUGGAGGGGCGUGGUCUACCAGGCUAACGAGGUGGCCCUGCUCUUCUCUGCGCUCAACAGCUGCCUGGAUCCCAUCAUGUACUUCCUGCUGUCGACACCCAUGAGGAAGCAGGUGAUGCGGUUGCUGGGCAACGUGAUGCGGGUGUGGGAAGCCGGGGCUAGCGGCAGCAGCAACAGUGUCGAGCAGGGUACGGGCUUAGGCAGGACCGUCCCGAGACAGCAGUCGACUGGCCUGGUGGGCGUCUUCGGGAACAAUACGGAUGAUAUUACGAGCCAGCCAUAAGAUGGCGAAGGGCAAA